AUGGACGAGCGCGAGGCGACCGAGGUGAACCACGACGACACGGACGCGACGCAAAGUGUGCUGGCACCUCACUCCCAGCGCAGCGAUGGGAUCGAGAACGACAAGCUCGAGGCUGGCCGCAAGCCCCAUGGCCUCGCCGCAUUCCCCGACAGCAACAACAAUACUGACGCGAUGGACCGCCCGGACGAGCGACAGGCUAAUCGCGCGACGCUGGAUCGCGUGCCCCAUGGCGUGUCGCAGGACGGCGCGUGGCCGGCCCGGUGGACGUCCUGCUGGCGCACUUUUGACGACCUCUCGGUCACGGUGGCCUACCUGCACGCAUGGUGCAACACGGUGGUCACGUGCGAGGCCCGGCCGUUUACCGAGCACGCGUUCGCCCGUGCGUUUCCCGACACGAUCUUUCGCGCUGGAACGCCCGAGCGCGGGGCGCUGCUUUGCUCGCACGAGGGGUGCGACUACCGCAUCGGGUUUGCGUUCAACUACUACCUCGCGCUGUACAUGGUGCUCCCAUCGAUGACGCGCUUGCGGCACAGCCACGACAUUGUGUCGGCGCCAGCGCCGGCGUCACUCCUCGCGCCACUCGAUCACGACGCGCUCUAUGCUGCAGGCGUGGGCGCCCGCCUCUGGCCAGCGCCAUGGCCGACGCAAUGGCCCACGUUCUCGGAGCUCCAGCACUUUGUGGCAUGGGUCCAAACCGCGUUUGAGACGUCGCUAGCCAACGACGGGCGGUGCUUUACGCAAGCCGCCUUUGCCGCGAGGUUCCCGGGCGAGCCGUGGAACGACCGGCGCGUGCACCGCGGCUUUUAUUACUGCAACGCGCAGCACGACUGCCCGUUCCGCAUCUACUAUGCGUACCACGCAACGUCGUCGAUGUACACGGUGAUAACGACGUCGUCGCGCCUCGCGCACAGCCACGCGACCAGAGGCGGCGCGAUCGACGCGACGCUUGCCGUGGUACCAAAGACGACGACGACGACGACGACGGCCAAGCCCAAGAUUGGGAUCGUCGCGCCCGACGACGAGGACAGCGAGCAAGCCGACCGACGCAAGACGCUCGAGGGCCACUUUCAGGUCAUCUGCAAGAAGGCGAUGGGCAACACACUCUUUUACGAGUACGCGCAACUUGUGCUCACCAACUUGACCUCGCCCCACGACAGCCAUGUCGACGCCGACGACGACGAUGACGGGACGGUCGAGGCGCACCAGCCCACACAGCGCGAAGGCCCACGACCACACUUAAUGUUAUAA